UCUAAUAAGGAAAAAAAAAAAAAAACACACCCUCGGGCCUCCGCCUUUCCAAUUUUGGUCCCAAGAAGCUUCUGGUUAGGGUUUUGCGUUCUCCGGACGAGCAGCUGCCAAGGUAAUGAUCGGCGUGGCCGCUAAGUUGUCAAGAGCCGCAAAAGCCGCCUGCAGGCUCUACGGAGCAGCUCCCAUCUCCCGGCGACCAUCGCUCAUUUCUGAGGCUUCUCCGUUACUGCCGCUCUCAAGGUCAAUCUCCAAAAGUAACGGCCCAAAUGUCAACCCGGUCGCUCUUCAGAUGAUCAGUUACGCUCUCUCGCAUGCCCGAUCCCGAAAAUCAGAUGACUCGUACGGGCAGUCUCUGCUUGUUCUGGAACAGUGUCUCUCUAUGCAGCCAGACGAAAAUUCUAAAGGAAUGGUCCUGCUCGCUAUGUCUACCUUAUUCCACGAAAGAGGAAAUUUUUCUGAAGCGAUAGAGAAACUCCACAGAGUUCAGGAACUGAGCCUCUCUUCUAUGGGUAUUCGCGUUGCCGCAACAGAAGCACUUGUUGGAGUGCAUUUAGAGUUGGGGCAGGAUGAUACUGCAUCGGUGCUUGCAGAAGUGUGCUCCCAAUUAUUGGAUACUGUCAAACUUGAAAUUGGUGGUGGGUAUGGCUUCGAGGUUUUGGAAGCCCGUACUAAGGCAAUUAAAGGACUGGUUGAGCUUGUCCGUGGUAACCUUAAUUCAGCUGAGGCAUUCUUUGUAGGUGCUGAGAACAACAAGUCUUUUGCUGGAAAUAUUACUCUAUCAUAUGGAGAAUUUCUACAUGUCAAACGGAAUUUCAUAAUGGCAAAGGAGUUAUAUGAGAAGGUAAUUCAAGGCAUGUCUGAGAAGACAGAUUCCACUGACCCAUAUUACUUAGCAUCUUGUAAUAUGGCCUCGGAGGAUGUUUUAUUGGCUGCUACCUGUGCUUUAGGGCAGUUAGAGACACAUCUAGGUAACUUUGCUGAUGCAGAAGAGAUACUAACUACAGCAUUAACGAGAACGGAACAGCAUUUUGGCUCCGAUCAUCCAAAGGUUGGGGUUGUUUUAACCUGCAUAGCCCUCAUGUUUCGGCAUAAAGCAAUGCUGGAGCAUUCAAGUUCCAUUUUGAUUCAAGAGGGACUUUAUAGGAAGGCAAUAGAUUUGCUGAAAGCUCCAUUGUUGGGCACUGAAGGUGAAGAAACACAGUCCUAUAGAAGCGACAUACUAGCUCUUGCAAGAGGUGCAUAUGCAGAAAUCUUGUGUAUCCAACAAAGCAGAAAGGCUGAAGGAGAGAAAAUGAAGAGUUGGGCAGGGUCUGCGUGGAAAAACUCCCGCCUGUCUUUGGCCGAGGCCCUGAAUAUAUCUGAACCUUCUUCUUCCAAGGUGCCGUUGAUAGAUGCUCGAAUUAGCAGGACCCUCUAGUUCUACUUUCUUUAUACUGUGGCCACCGCCUAAUGGUUGUUAGCGAUGCUUAAGUUAAAAACGAAUUUUUUGUUUGAGACAUGGUUAAUUUUUUCAAUUUCCACUUGUUUGUUUUAUUUAUUUCUGUGGAAACAUGUACUAUAUAGAGAUGGAGAGUAGCUUAGAGUUCGUGUCCGUCUGAUGUUUUUUUUCACAGACCCUUGCAAAGGGGAGACGCCCUACAUUUGGCCCUCUUGUAAAGUAAUUUGAAUCAUUUGAAACUUUUAGAAUGUUAAGAAAAGCUGGGGCUUUUGUUUUAA